AUGCCCAACAGCAGCUCCAUGGCCCAGUUCCUCCUCCUGGCAUUGGCAGACAGGCGGCAGCUGCAGCUCCUGCACUUCUGGCUCUUCCUGGGCAUCUCCCUGGCUGCCCUCCUGGGCAACGGCCUCAUCCUCAGCCCCACAGCCUGCGACCAGCACCUGCACACCCCCAGGGACUUCUUCCUGCUGCACCUCUCCCUCACAGACCUGGGCUGCACCUGCACCACUGUGCCCAAAGCCAUGCACAGCUCCCUCUGGGACACCACAACCAUCUCCUACCAGGGAUGUGCUGCACAGCUUUUUCUCUGUACCUUUCUCAUCUCAGCACAGUUUUCCCUCCUCACCAUCACGUGCUACGACUGCUAUGUUGCCAUCUGCAAAGCCCUGCACUACGGGACCCUGCUGGGCAGCAGAGCUUGUGCCCACAUGGCAGCAGCUGCCUGGGCCUCUGGGUUUCUCACUGCUCUGCUGCUCCCAGCCAAGACAUUUUCCCUGGCCCUGUGCCAGGGCAAUGCCCUGGGCCAGUUCUUCUCUGAGAUCCCACACAUCCUCAAGCUCUCCUGCUCAGGCACAUACCUCAGGGAAAUUGGGAUCACUGUG